AUGUUUGAAGCUGGUGAAUGGCACCUGAAUGAUCCAUCAGGUCCUUAUAAAGAAGAAUUACAAGUGUUUAUGGAAAGUUGGAUCAAAGAAUAUCCGGAUCUUCAGAAGAUAUUACUAGAGAAAUUAUUCGAACAUAAAUCAUUAGCUGUAAAACCCGGCGUACCUGAUUUUCAUUAUUUUAUAUUAACUCAACCAUAUACUCCUCAAGUUCAACCAAUGGAAUGGAUCUGGUCGUAUGUUAAAGGUUAUGUGGCUAAACAAUUCACACCAUCCAGAACUGUUCAACAAUUGAUUGAACACACAAGGACAGGUUUCUAUGGUGAUGGUGGUGAAUAUGAGGGAAUAUUGACGGAAAUGGUCAGAAAUGUGAUUGCGCAUGCUCAAAAAUAUUGUGAUAUGCUUAUUGACGAGGAUCCGCUCUUAGAAGGAUCUAUAAAUAAUCUUAAGAAUGUGAAGAAUCACGAAGGAGCUGACGAAGAAGAAGAAAAUGAAGAUGAAGCUGAUGAUAUCAAUAUCGAAAUAGAUGAUAACAUUGAAUAG